GCAAAACGGGGAUCAGGUGACACCGCAACCGUCAUAAGUACAUGCCAGUUGCCAGUGAUCUGAAUCUCAAUCGCGUGACCACGGGGAAGCUGCAACGGCUGUAAGGAUGGAAAACGGUCAUAAGUCACUUUUCCCACUCUUGUCGUACCAUCGGUCGCUAAACAAGCUGUUGAUUUACUUGUAAAGGAGCUGCUGCGGAUGGCAGACAGACAGAGAAGCAGUAGCAGCUGUGGUCCUCCCCCACCAGCCAGCUCCUCUCUGGAUGGCACCAACCCGCUUUGCAUCUGUGCCAAUGCUGGGGAGCCGAAAGACCUCUGCAGUCACAGCACGGUCUUCCUGCAGGAAGACCUGAGAAAUCUCCGCAGGAACCCCUAUUACACAGCCUGCCUAACCUGGAUGAUACGAAAUAAUAGCAACCCCAUUUGCCAGGAUUGUAAAGAGGAAGAUUCGGAACUUGCCGGGGAAGAUAAUUUACUAUCUGAAGAACAGAGUCCUAGCAAGGCCACCCUGAACAAGGAGGUUCCGGAAUUUACCGUGCAUUGUGGGAUACCAGGAUGCAUCUGGAGGGGUCCACUGAGCAAUUUGGAAGAUCAUCGCCGUAUGUGUGAAUACGUCCUGGUCAAUUAUGGUCAGGCAGCGGUGUGCAGGAUGUUGAUGGAUCCGAAUGCUGCCUAUAAUCCCGAGACUUCCAGGAAUGAACAUCAGAAUCCUUCAGGACUUGGCCCCAGGGAUGAAGGUUGCCGAUUUUCCAGGAUUGGAUGCUUGUUUAAGGGCAAUGCAGGAGAUCAAAAAGUUCACGAGAAGAAUGCUGCAGGAAGACACCUGUUGCUGAUGCUCCAGUACGUCAAGCACCUGAAGGGCAAUUCGUCCCCGAGAGACAGUUUGUGCAACUCACCUUUGAUAGACGCCAAGCUUUGGGUGAAGGCUCCUCUCACCCUGAAGGUUCAGGAUCCUGGGGGAGAAAGGCCCUUUUCUGCAUCGCCAGUGGAGGAGGGGGAGGUGAGCUGGUGCACCCUCUUGAGGAGAGUGAAGAGGGUUUCUUGGCUGGAGACCAAGCUGCAGGUCUUUGAGAAUAUCGCCUCUGUGCUGAGCAAGGAGAUGGCUACGUCUCGGCAGAAAAUCCUGGCUUUCCGUGGACAGAGGGGCCUUGACCAAGAUAUGAUUCGUGGCUUAGAGCUGAAGAUGGCUGAUCUCCAGCGAUGCCUGGCACAGAAAGACGCCGCUCUCAUCGGGCUGGGGAAGAGACUCCACUCGUCCGAGCAAGCUUCUUAUGACGGCGUCUUCCUUUGGAAAAUCACGGACGUUCAUCAGAAAUGCUACGAAGCCAUCUGUGGCAAGAUCCACAGCUUCCAGUCGCCGGCAUUUUACACUUCCCGAUAUGGCUACAAACUGUGCAUGAGGAUCUACCUGAAUGGAGAAGGCAGAGGCAGAGGAACCCACAUCUCGCUCUUCAUCAUACUUCUCAAAGGGGAAUAUGACUCGCUGCUGCCUUGGCCUUUCACGCACAAGAUCACCUUCAUCUUGCUCAGCCAAGAUCACGGAGACGACCUGGUGACCUCUCUCCAGCCGGAUCCUACCUCCGUCUCCUUUCAGAAGCCAGAGACUGACCUGAACGAGGCCAGUGGCUUCUCCAGAUUCGUUCCUCUGGUCAAGUUACAGUCCCCGAAAUACACUUAUUUGAAAGAAGGCACCUUGUUCCUGAAAUGCAUCGUGGAAACCAGUUCGUGAAACCUGCCUCGCCUUUCCUCGGUGAGGGCAUAUUGAAAGGCUGUGAGAAGCACUGAAAAUAUUUCAGGGGAUGGCUGAUAGGGCUUUGCAAUACGGUUGAAUCUGGCUCUGCAAAAGAGCUGCUCCAGCCCUCCAAUAAUAGCAUUUGAGUCUUCUUCUUCUUCUUUUUUUAUAUAUAUAUUCAAGGUUUUUUUUAAAUUUAUAUAUAAGUAUUUUGAAUACAGUGUAUUGUCCGGGCAUACCAUUUUACAAAAAAAGAAAGAAAAAAAUAACACAUAUACUAAUAGUAAUAAGAAUAAUAGCAAUAGCAACAGCACUUAGACUUAUAUACCGCUUUACAGUGCUUUACAGCCCUCUCUAAGCAAUUUACAGAGUCAGCCUAUUGCCGGCAACAAACUGGGUCCUCAUUUUAUCCACUUCGGAAGGA